CAGAAGUCGUCAUUAUCGCACCUAUAAAAAUAACCGGAUGCACCUCAGAAGGUUACGGUUUUGAUAUCAUUUACACUUCAACCCCUAGGAAAUUGUCCCUGGUUGUCAAUCCGCUAUCCCUUUGGACUCCAAGCUCCAUCAAGCUCGUGAUUACCAAGGCUAUCCUUUCCUCCUGGCGCUCUCCACGAAACGCAUACACCCCGGCAAUAAUCCCAGCGGGGAGCUUGUCUCCAUAUUUGCAGACGUUUCCUAUUGACUUUCCCAGUCAACAUACACCGUAGCAAUGUCGAAACCCUUCACAACCGCUGAGGUCGCCCAGCACAACAAGGCCGAGAACGGCAUGUAUAUCAUCAUCGAUUCAUCCGUCUACAAUAUCACCGAUUUUCUAGACGAGCAUCCCGGUGGCGCAAAGAUUCUGAAGCGGGUUGCGGGCAAGGAUGCCUCGAAACAGUUUUGGAAGUAUCACAAUGAAGGUGUGCUAAAGAAGUACGGCGGCAAGCUGAAGAUCGGCGAGGUCAAGGAGGCUGCGAAGCUAUGAAAUGGAUGCGGACGUUGUUUUCUUUCGCCCUCUCUCUAAGAAUAUCGUUCCAUCUCCAGCCUGUUCCUCCUUGACGUAUGUAUUUUUAUAUAUUCAUAUAUUUAUAUAUUUAUAUUAUCUCCUAUCUGGAUACCGGAUACAAUACAAGCCUGAUACCGUUUUCUCCUUCUCUGUUCUUACUCUCCAUUCUUCUUCCUUCGUUCUGCUUAACCUUUUUGUUAUUCCAUUACCGAUCAUACUCCAACGUAGGGGUGGGAAUUCUCACACAGCAAUGACUGCUCU